AUGCCUGUCGUCAAAGGCGGCGUUUGGACUAAUAUAGAGGAUGAAGUGCUUCGUGCAGCAGUAUCGAAGUAUGGACUCAACCAGUGGGCGCGUGUCUCAUCGCUGCUUGCGCGAAAAACCCCGAAACAGUGUAAAGCGAGAUGGGUGGAAUGGCUAGAUCCCGGUAUUCGCAAGAUCGAGUGGUCGAGAGAGGAGGACGAAAAGCUGUUGCAUUUGGCGAAAUUGAUGCCAACGCAGUGGCGCACGAUCGCGCCGAUCGUGGGUAGAACGGCAACACAGUGCUUGGAGAGAUACCAAAAGCUUCUUGAUGAGGCCGAAGCGCGUGAAAAUGAUGAAUUAGGCUUAGGUGGUCCUGGCGGAGAGGCGCAGGCUCCCAGCGCAGAUGAUGUCAGACGUUUAAGACCUGGUGAACUUGAUCCCGAUCCCGAAUCGAAACCUGCUCGGCCGGACACGAUCGAUCUUGAUGAAGAUGAAAAGGAGAUGCUCAGCGAGGCCCGUGCUCGUUUGGCGAACACUCAGGGUAAAAAAGCGAAGCGCAAAGCUCGAGAGCGCCAACUUGAAGAAUCUCGACGACUGGCCGUUUUGCAAAAGCGUCGUGAACUCAAGAAUGCUGGCAUAAACAUCAAGGUUGUCACUACAAAAAAGGGUCAAAUGGAUUAUAACGCCGAUAUCCCCUUUGAGAAAGCACCGGCUCCAGGUUUCUAUGAUACAAUGGAAGAGCAAGCUCGAAAUGAACGACAGCGGGAAUUGUUUGAUCCACGGAAACAACAAUUAGCAAACAAGCGUAAGGGUGAUCAGGAAGACGACGUUGAGCGCAAGAAGAGGAAAAACGAUAAGCAGUCAACGUCGGCAGCGGCUGCUCAAGCUGGUCGUAUGCAGAAGAUCCGGGAAGCCGAGCAACUCAGCAAACGUCGCGCUUUGAAUCUGCCUGCCCCUCAAGUGAGCGAGGGUGAGUUGGAAGAUAUUAUCAAGAUGGGUAUGGCCGGCGACAAGGCGGCGAAGCUCGCCGGUGAAGAAGAGGGCACUAGAAGUUUGAUUGGGAACUACUCUGCUAUGACCGGAGCAACGCCUAUUCGGACUCCGCGGGCACCUCCCCAGGAAGAUCAUAUCGCAAAUGAGAUUCGCAACAUCCGAGCACUGACUGAAACUCAAUCGUCACUUUUGGGCGGCGAAAACACCCCACUUGUUGAAGGAGGAGCGUCCACUGGUUUCGAUGGCAUCGCUCCUCGUCGACAGGAGAUCGUCACACCGAACCCGAUGGCCACACCUUUUCGGCAAGGUGUAAAUGGAGUCGGUGUUACACCCAUGCGAGGUGGUAUCGGCCCAGGAGCAACACCGUUGCGCACACCGAGAGAUCAGUUUGCACUCAAUAACGAGAAUGGAAGUCAGAUUAUUGGAAGUACUCCCCGGGAAGUAAGGAUGCGCGAUAACUUUAUGCGUCAACAGCUUCGUGGAAAGCUUGCUUCUCUUCCAAAGCCCAAGGAAACGGAAUGGGAACUUGAAGAGCUUCCAUCAGAGUCACAGGAACCGACAGCUGAUGGCUAUGAUGGUGAAGAGGAUUCUACAGUGCGUGAUCAACGUGAAGCAGAGAUCCGCAAGAAAGCAGCAGAAACAGAGUUCCGGCGGCAGACACAGGUUUAUCAACGAUCAUUGCCACGACCUAGCGUGGUUGAUGUCACCGCACUUCUCGAACGUGUCUCGCAUACUACCGACCCUAUUGAGAAUUUGAUUGCCAAAGAGGCUGCGAAGCUUAUUGCUAAUGAUGCAAAAAAACAUCCACUUCCCGGUAGCAAGAUCAAUGGCAAGCCACCAAGUCUCGACAAAAUUGACGACAAGUGGCUCGAAUCCGCACAAGCCGAAAUCUCAAAAUAUAUAUCUUCUAAAGACAUUAAGUCACAAUGGCAAGCUGAUUUUGACGCAUCGUGGAGCUCAACGCAUGAAAGCGCACUUCCUGGACUUGCCAUCUAUGACGAUGACGAGGAUGCUUUACGACAAGAGCAGAAUAUGAUCAGUGCAUUCGAUAAUGUCCAGAACGCACUGAUGGCGACUGCAGAGGAAGAUAACAAGAUAGAGAAGAAGCUUUCAUUGCAUUUCGGUGGUUACCAAGCGCGUGCGAAGACUCUCCGCAACAAGAUAGUAGAAGCAGCAUCGGCACUCGAACAGGCCAGGUUCGAUCUUGACACAUUCCGCACACUGCAAAUUGGAGAAGAUGCAGCACUUCGCAGCCGUCUCGAGCAGUUGCGUGAUGGAGUUACAUUGGUGGUCCGUCGAGAACGCGAGGCUCAGGACCUUUAUAAGGCUAGAAAGGAAGAGCUUGAUGCACUGCUAGACGGUAAUGUGAAUGGAUGGUAUUGA